AUGGAUGAGAUUUGUCUAAUAAAGUUUGUUCUGUUUGCAUUGUUGAUUUCCACAUUUUCUUUAAGUUUCGUGGAUGCAAGAUUCACUUCAAGUAGCAUUAGAAGCGGUCCGACAAGGAGAAACUUAGGAAAUCCCUCAUGUGGUACGGGCAAUUCAAUUGAUGACUGUUGGAGAUGUGAUUCAAAUUGGCACAAAAACCGAAAACGUCUUGCGGAUUGCGCAAUUGGGUUCGGGCGCAAUGCCACCGGCGGUCGCGACGGGCAAUUCUAUGUCGUCACCGACCCAACUGACGAUGAUGCAGUGAACCCAAAAUCAGGCACACUGCGCCAUGCAGUCAUCCAAACCGAACCUCUUUGGAUCAUUUUUAAAAAUGACAUGGUGAUAACAUUAACACAAGAGCUUAUUAUGAAUAGUCACAAGACCAUAGAUGGAAGAGGAGCAAAUAUACAUAUUUCUAAUGGAGCUUGUUUUACUAUUCAAUAUAUUACCAAUAUUAUUAUUCAUGGUAUUCAUAUACAUGGUUGUAAACCAACUGGUAAUGCAAUGGUUAGAAGUUCACCUUCACAUUAUGGGUUAAGAGGUAUAGCUGAUGGUGAUGGGAUUUCUAUUUUCGGGUCGAGUCAUAUUUGGAUUGAUCAUAACUCUAUUUCAAAUUGUGCUGAUGGACUUAUUGAUGCUGUUAUUGAAUCCACUGCUAUCACUAUUUCUAACAAUCAUUUUACUAAACACGAUGUGGUGAUGUUGUUGGGUCAUUCGGACUCGUAUGUAAAAGACAAAGUUAUGCAAGUCACCGUUGCUUACAAUCACUUUGGGGAAGGACUUGUUCAAAGGAUGCCUUGGAUUAGACAUGGAACUUUACAUGUUGUGAACAAUGACUACACCCACUGGGAAAAGUAUGCCAUUGGAGGAAGUGAAGGUCCCACCAUUUAUAGCCAAGGGAAUAGAUACCUUGCUUCAACCAAUUAUCCUUAUGCCAAAGAGGUGACUAUGAGGAUGACAAGUAAAGAAAAUUGGAAGAACUGGAAUUGGAGAUCAGAAGGUGAUUUGUUUUUAAAUGGAGCCUUCUUUACAACCUCAGGCUCAGGAGCUGGUUCUAGCUAUACCAAAGCCUACAACUUGGCAGCUAAACCAUCAAGCCUUGUUGCCAACAUGACUGCAGGCGCUGGUGCUCUUAGAUGUCGCCCUGGUCAACAAUGCUAGGUCCAUUUUACCCCUAGAUUUCGUGCUUGUUCCGUCCCUUUUAGAUUGCAACAAAGAGCAUCGCACAAAGUUUAAGAAGUAGUAAAGAGGGUUGAAACGUCUGAAUGAGAAUAAAAAAGUGACGAAGAGAUUUCAAAAAAAAUUAUAGCAAAAUAAAAGGGACGGAGUAAAAAGAAAAGUGUAACAAAUUUAUUGGGAUAGAGGGAGUAUUAAAUUGAGUCUAGUCUAGUUUAAUACUCUCGGUUUCUUUGAGUUUAAGGUAUAGAGUUUAGUUAAGUUUAGCGUUUAAAGUUUAGAAAAUUGUCACUUUAAGCAGCAUACUCAAAUGGAAGGACAUAGAAACUUAUCCUUGCUCAAUCUCCGUCUCACUCUCAUUUGCCUUGGUUUAUUUUGAAUACGGUAAAUGAGGUGUUUUUGGGAGCGGCGUUUAUUCUUAAUGGGUAUUUAUUUAAGUACUUUCAACUCU